CAACUCUCUCCCGUAACUAAACGACAUCGUAUUCGUAAUCCAACAACCUAAUCCCAAUUCUCAAACACCCUCAUCUUCCUUUUCUGUUUCGCCGACCAAACUUGUUGGGUUUGAAUUGAGUUCGGGUUCAUUAAUUCGGAGAAAUCGAGGUUGCAUUUGCGAGUGUCAGGGAUGGUGGAUUUUAGUUGCUGACUCGGAGCCAUGCCGGAGAUCGAGGUCGUGUCCGACGCCGGCGACGGCGCAUCGGAGGCCUCUUCGUUGGACGAGACCGGUGGCGCCCUGUUCGGGAAGUACGAGCUGGGGAAGCUCCUCGGCCGCGGCGCAUUCGCCAAAGUCUACCACGCGCGUGACGUCAGCUCCGGGCAGAGCGUGGCGAUCAAGGCGGUGAGCAAGCAGAAGGUGCUGAAAGGCGGCUUCACGUCGAACGUGAAGCGCGAGAUCUCGAUCAUGCGGCGGCUGCAGCACCCCCACAUCGUCAAGCUCUACGAGGUCUUGGCCACCAAGACCAAGAUCUAUUUCAUCAUGGAGUUCGCGAAAGGCGGCGAGCUUUUCGGGAAAAUCUCCAAAGGUCGGUUCAGCGAGGAUCUCAGCCGUCGGUACUUCCAGCAGCUGAUCUCCGCCGUUGGAUACUGCCACUCACGCGGAGUCUACCACCGUGAUUUGAAGCCGGAGAAUUUACUCUUAGACGAGAAUUGGAACUUGAAAGUUUCGGAUUUCGGACUCUCCGCCGUGACGGAGCAGAUCCGACCAGACGGGCUUCUCCACACUCUCUGCGGCACCCCGGCUUACGUGGCGCCGGAGAUUCUCGCCAAGAAAGGCUACGACGGCGCCAAGGUGGAUAUAUGGUCGUGCGGGAUCAUUCUCUUUGUUCUCAACGCCGGCUAUCUUCCGUUCAACGAUCCCAAUCUCAUGGUAAUGUACCGGAAAAUCUACAAGGGGGAGUUUCGCUUUCCGAGGUGGACGUCGCCUGGCCUGAGACGGUUGAUUUCGAGAUUGCUUGACACGAACGUCGAGACGAGGAUCACCGUCGACGAGAUCAUCAAGGAUCCUUGGUUCAGUGUUGGCUACAAGGACGUCAAGUUUCACUUGGAGGAUUUUAACUUGAAGGAGUGGAGGGACGAGGACAACGACACGCCGUUGAAUGCUUUUGAUUUGAUUUCAUUCUCGUCGGGGUUCGACAUCUCGGGGCUGUUCCGGAAGCCGGAGAUAUCCGACUGCGGGGAAAGGUUUGUUUCGGCAGAGACGCCGGAGAGGAUAAUUCAGAAGGUGGAGGAGGUGGCAUUGGCGGAGGGGAUGACGGUGAUGGAGAAGAAGACCUGGGGGGCAAAGUUGGCAGGGCAGAAUGGUAAUUUGGUAGUUGCUAUUGGGAUUUACCGUUUGACGGAGAAGCUGGUGGUGGUGGAGUUGAACAAGAGGGAAAGAAUAGGGGAGAAUUGCCAGCAGAUAUGGAAGGACAAGCUGAGGCCGCAGCUGUCGUGUUUGAUAUACAAACCGGAAGAAGAACAAGUCUCCGGUGAAUAACAGAGAAGCUCACCCGAUAAUAUCAUCACAAUGCGGCUAUGCAUUGCCGGAGAAACUGAACGGAAGAAUGUUCAUUAUCAUUGACGGGGUUCUGUACUUGUUUUUUGUCCCGGAAUAUGACAAAAUGAGAGAAAAGGGAAAGUUUCUCAGAAUCUGUAAAUACAUUUUUAUCGUUACCAUCGUUAUUCUCUCAUUGAACCCAUCAAUAGAUGGCAUCUAUCUCGAAUAACUUUCUUGGCAGAUUUUGCCUUGUGAGAUUUUUUUUCAAGAACAAAC